GGGUGUUUGGAGCGAAAAUUAGUGUAAACGUCAACGCCACUGAAAAAUUUCCACCGUUCGUUGAAAAAGUCGUUUUCACAGUGAAAAGUCCUCUUAAAUUGCACAUAAAUUAUCACAAAUCCCUCCCAAUUGUCCCCGCUAUGCGUGUGUGUUGAAAAAUUGUGCUAAAAUCCCCAAAUACUGUGCCAAGUGAAGUGUUUUCCUUCCUCCCAAAGAAACCUAACCUCACUCUUUUCUACCAUUGUCAAGGGGUGCUUCAACGUAGAUUUUCACCCCUUUCCGGGAAUAUUCCCAGUCAGGAAGUGCAUGGAAGUGAAAGUUUAGAUCCUGUAGAUUCUGUUGGCAGUGUCUGUGAAGUGCGUCAGUAUUUUGUUUGGUGUCUAUUGAGGGGGAAAUCUGAGGCAAGUUAAUUGAGUGAUAAUAGGGUCAACAGGGUGCUCCCGGAGUUGUGCUUCUUACGUCGUCAAUCGUACGCAAUUUACGACACAAUCCAACGUUUUUAAUUGCUAAUUUUGCCAGUGUAUUGAGCCAGUGUCUUGCUAACGAGAUUCCUCAAGAUAGAUUUAAUUAUUUUGUGUAUCUAAAAUCAACCCAAAGUGAAUAAACUCUGUGAAAAUGAGUGAAAAUGUCGAGGAAAAGCCAGAGGUCAGUGAGUGUGAUACGGCGAGUGAAGCAUCAUUUGCACCAUCAACAUCAUCACACAAACCCUCUGGGAUUAGGCCGCCUUCCGUGAGAAUUGGGAGACUCUGCACAAAACACUCCACACCAAAAGCCUCCCAUCCGCCGCCAUCGGAAAGCAAAAAUCAAGGAAUUGUUCUGACCACUGAUACAGACAGUUUCAUCAUUGGUCAGCGUGUUUGGGUGGGUGGAGUACGUCCUGGACAUAUUGCCUACAUUGGCGAGACACACUUUGCGCCCGGAGAUUGGGCAGGAGUGGUUCUCGAUGAGCCGAGUGGCAAGAAUGAUGGAUGUGUGUCGGGAAAGCGCUACUUCCAAUGCGAACCCAAGCGUGGUAUCUUCUCACGCCUCACACGACUCACUCGUGAGCCUCUGCUCACGGCUGACUCCACAGAUGAUCUGUAUAGGAGUCCAUCGCGCACCCCAGCAUCCCCCGUGAGAACCAUUUCGCCGCCGUCGAGCGUGCGGAACAGUGUAACUCCAUCACGCUCGGGCGGAAAGGGUGGAAUGCAAGUGGGUGAUCGCGUGAUCGUAUCAUCGGGCUUUGGGAGUCGUCCGGGAGUACUGAAGUACAUUGGAGAGACACAAUUUGCUCCGGGAAAUUGGUGUGGUGUUCAACUGGAUGAUCCCACGGGGAAGAAUGAUGGAUCAGUUGAUGGGAUAAGAUACUUCGAUUGUGUGGACAAAUAUGGGAUUUUUGUCCCACUGGCCAAGGUGACAUUGUCUCCAUCGGCCAAGAAAACCUUUGCCCGAAUCCCCCGAUCAAAUUCCAAGGAAUCCCUGACAUCUAUCGGUACCCUGGGCAGCAUGGCAUCGACAAAUACUUCGAGAUUGCGCAUGGGGGCAAAUGCUCAGAGGCUUUCAUCAUCCACGAAGCCAAUAACCACGCCAAAAAAUACCUUUUCCCUACAGGAUGUUUUGCGUGAAAAGCAGAAUCACAUUGAGCAAUUGCUGGCUGAGAAAGAUCUCGACAGACAAGAUGCUGAGAUACAAUCAAUGAUGUACCAGAAGGAUAUCAAUGAGUUAAAACAGAAAAUUGGGGAUUUAGAGGGUCGAUUGAAGGAGGAACAACGCAAAAAUGAAGAUUUGCAGUUCACAGUGGAUGAAGCUCAAUUCUGUGGAGAUGAACUUUCGGUGAAAAAAAUUAAAGUCCUGGAAGCUCAGAGUCAGGAGUACAAGGAAAGGAUUUCAAAGCUGGAAGAGGAAUUGGCGCAUUCAAAAACCUCAUCAAUCGGUACGGAACCAGAUGGGGAAUCAGUUCAUUUAAAAGAAUUAACAGAAAAGGUUGAAGAGCUGAAGAAGCUUUUGGCAGCUCGGGAGGAGGAAAUCAAGAAUGUGCGGGAAGAGGAAAGGGAACGUUCAAAUAAAAUCCUUGAGCUUCAGAAGCAGCUCAUUGAGGCAGAGAGUAACAUGGACAUUAAAGUCUCAAGCCUCAGUGUUUCGGAAAAUUGCCUCAGGGAAGAAAUUAAAAUGCUUUCGGCUCAGAAUGAUGAGAUUAGGGAAGAGGCUGAUGGUUAUAAGGCCUCCCUAGCUUCCAUUGAAGCUGCCCAGAAGGGUCUUGUGGAAGAGAAUAUUUCUCUGAAGAAGGCAAUUGCUGAAGGGGAUAAGAAAUCUGCAGAAAUGCAGGUGAUUAUUGCCAAUCUCGAAAAGGAUAGCCAAGAAAUGGUGAGGCUGAAGGAGAUUUUGAGUCAAAAUGAGAUUUCUGGGCAGAAGCAUGUCCAGGAAGUGCAGGGAUUUCAGGAGAAAAUCCGUGAGAAUGUUUUGAAGGUUGAUGAAUUGUCUAAGGCUUUGGAGGAGAGGAAGGUAUCGGAAGAGGCAUUGAAUAGUCAAAUUAGAGAGAAAGUUCAGAGAAUUGAGACACUGGAGAAGGAAGUGGCUGAAGUAAUGGCUUCAAAAGCUGCCAUGGAGUCUGAAAGAGUGACUAAAGGAGAGGAAAUUAAGAAACUGGAGCAAUUUGUUGAAGUCCUCAAAGCUCAACUCCAGGAAGCGAGUUCAGCAACAAAUUCCUCAAGGGAAGAAGUUGACAGUGUCCGGAAGUGUCUCACAGAUCAGGAGAAUUCCUCAGCUGAACUGAGGAAGGAAUGUGACGCUCUGAAGAAGUGUUUGAGUGAAAAUGAGGCAAAAUUGCAAGAGACUGUGAAGAAUCUCGAAGCAGAAACCGCUCAAAAGUGCCUAAAGAUUGAGGAAUGUCAGAGAUUGCAGGAAAGUAUCUCUGAAGCUGAAGAGAAGCAUGUGAGAGAGGUGGAAGCUAUUAAAGAUGAAGUGAAAAAGCUCACAGAGUGCCUAAAAAUUGCCGAUGAUGAGAGGGAAUCACUGAGAAGAGCCCUCCAAGAAAUUGAGGAAGCUAAAAAAUCUUUGGAGGAGAAUAUUGAGAAUCAGAAGCGUCAAAUUGAAUCCCUGAAUGUCAAUUUGUCAGAAGUGGAGCAGCAAAAAUCUUCGCUGCAAGAUCAGUUCAAUCAGUUGGAUUUGAAUCAUGGGGAUUUGGUCAGGAAGUUUCAGGUUCUUGAGGAGAAAUGCAGUCAACUGACCAGUGACAAGCAAUCUCUUCAGACUGAAUUGACAUCCGUGAGGAAUUCUUCACUGGACACAAAUUCAGAAGUCACAAGAUUGGUCCAGGAAUUGGAGAAUGAGAAAGCAUCCCUCGAAAACUUGUCAGAAUCUUCAACAGCCACAAAGUUGUCCUUGGAGAAGAAAAUCCAGGAACUUAGUCAACUUGUGGAUAAGCUCCAGGGAGAAAUUGAUUCCUUGGCAGCUCAGAAGAUCAACCGGGAAAAUGAAUUGAAUGCCGAACUAGCGAGAACCAAAGAAUUCCAUCAGAAUGAGAUGGAGUCCACGAAGAAAAAAUACCAGGAAGAGAAGGAUAAAAUGAUCCAGGAGAUCAAUUUAAAACUCGAAGAGGCUGAAAGAAACAGAUCCAAUCUUACAGCAUGCAUCACCAGAUUGGAGGAGAGUGUCGGGAGUCUUCAGAAGGAUCUGGAAAACUCCCGGAAUCAUCAGAAGGUGACAGAAAAGGAACUUGAAACGGCUCGAGAACAAUUGGAUACCCUUGAAAGAAGCCUCAAGAAGGAUUUAGAGACAUCUCGGGCAAGAAUUGCUGAUCUAGAGAUGGUCAGGAAUUCCUCUCAGUCAUCUCAUGAAGAUCUCCUGAACAGACUCUCCGAGAAAGAAGCCCUUUUGGCAGAAAUUCGCGAUGAAAGGGACACAAUGAAAGUCGAAGUUGGAGCUCUGAGGGAGAACUUUGAGAGACAAAUCAAGGAAAUUGUGGAGCUAAAAGCCAAUGUUGAGGAAGUCACCAAGAUCAGGGAAUCAGAAAGCAAGAGAGCUGAAGAUCUUGGAGAGAAACUGAGGGAUAUGGAAGAUGAACAGGUGGAUCUUGUGGAUAGAAAUGAGCAAAUGAUGGUGACAAUUUCAGAACUGGAAGCCCUUAGACAAUCCUUGGAAGGAUCUCUGGCAGAAAUGUCUUCCACUGCAGAUGCCAAAACGAAAUCAUUCACCACGGAACAGGAGGAACUUAAAAAGGAAGUCACUAGAAUGACAGAAGAGCGAGAUGCAGCUCUCAGAGAAGCGGCAGAAAAAACUGAACAAUUGUCCCAAACCGUUAAUCAUUCGGAAGACCUGAAAAACCAGUUGAAAGCCAAAUCAGAAGAACUGACAGCCAAGGAAUCAGCCCUGGCUGAGCUUCAGUCAAGCCAGAAGGGUCUCCAAGAGACCAUUCGCGAGAAAGACGCCAAAGUAGCCAAAGUCCUGGAAGAAUCUGAAAGCUUCCAGAACAGUCUCAAAGAAAACCUCACCAAGAAAGUCGACGCUUGCCAGGAGCUAGAGAAAAAGUGCACAUCCCUAGAAGCAACCAUCGAGGACCUCAAAAAAUCCCUAGAAACCUCUGCCCAAGAAAAAUCCCACUCAGCAGAAGUUAUCCGGAAUCUAGAACAAACUCUGACGAAUCUCAAGAAGUCCUCAGACGAAGUGGAUUCCUCGAGGGCUGUUCAGGACAAAAACAUGGCUGAAUUGUCCCAGAAAUUGGCAGAAGUGACCCAGAAAGUCUCCCAGAGAGACGAAAAAAUCAAUUUGCUCGAGAGACAGGAAGGUAUUCUCAAGGAGAAAAUCACAACACUGCAGAAGCAUCUGGACAGCCUUCAAUCCCAAGUGGAGGACAGAGAGCUGCAGCUGAAAGUGACCAGGAGUCAACUGGAAGCAGCCAAGAGCAAUCCAGUGGCUCCUGCAGCAGAAAUUGUGGAUGACUCAGAUGCCGGAGCACAGAUAAACUUCCUGAACUCCAUCAUUGCGGACAUGCAGAGGAAGAAUACGGAAUUGGUGGCUAGGGUGCAGAUCCUAGAGGCUGGACCUGCAGAUUCCGGCUACAAUGGCCUCAAUCUCGAGAUGCCGAUACGAAGGAAGCCCGCUCCAAGGCUCUACUGCGACAUUUGUGAUAUUUUCGAUGCCCACGACACGGAAGAUUGUCCGGUGCAGGCCUCAGACAGUCCCGUGCCGGAUGUGGCCAUCAGGAAGCCCGGAGAGCAGCGAGUUGUACCGCCACCGAGGAAAUAUUGCGAAUCUUGCGAAGUUUUUGGCCACGAAAUGGGAGAAUGUGACAACGAUGAGUCCUUCUGAAGAGCCCAAACCAGAAUCCCCAGGGACUUCCUGAACUAGUUAGCUCAAAUGUUGUUUUGUUGAGAAUUCUGUGUUCUUUUGUUUCUUGUGAGAUAAUUAUUAUUAAAUUUUUAGAUCAAUUUCAUACAUUCUAA